GAGGAAUUUUAUCGUCAAUGAGCUGGGGCUGAGCUAUAGGACCUUGUAUUUACAGUUUUCGGAGGGUGGAUUUAAGUAACAAAAAGAGGUCAAAAUGGGGAACAGCUUCUCCAACAUCUCUGCCUUCCAGUCGCUCCACAUCGUCAUGCUGGGUUUGGACUCCGCUGGGAAAACCACAGUUCUUUACAGACUUAAAUUCAAUGAGUUUGUCAACACGGUCCCCACAAUCGGCUUCAACACAGAGAAGAUCAGGCUGAGCAACGGCACGGCCAAGGGCAUCAGCUGUCACUUCUGGGACGUUGGAGGGCAGGAGAAGCUGAGACCUCUGUGGAAGUCCUACAGCCGGUGUACAGAUGGGAUCAUUUAUGUUGUGGACUCGGUGGACGUGGACAGGCUGGAGGAGGCCAAGACUGAGCUUCACAAAGUCACCAAGUUUGCAGAGAACCAGGGCACCCCGCUGCUGGUCAUCGCCAACAAGCAGGAUCUGCCCAAGUCCCUGUCUGUGGCAGACAUUGAAAAGCAGCUGGCCCUGCACGAGCUCACCCCCUCCACCACCUACCACAUCCAGCCAGCCUGUGCCAUUAUAGGUGAGGGGCUUCAUGAGGGCAUGGACAAGCUGUAUGAAAUGAUAGUGAAGAGGAGAAAAUCUCUCAAACAGAAGAAGAAGCGGUAACAGCAGCUUCUCGUUUACUGUGAGGAUUCCGGGUUGUCUUUGGACACGGGUUUACUCUGCUUAUUGUUUUCUUCCGUCCUCUGUUUGGAUUAAAGAUCUUCGACCUGUGAAGCCCUGCUGAAUGAUGCUGUUGCACACAUGAGGCCGCCUCAUCGGGGGUUCGAUGGGGUCUGUAAAACCAAAAAGAGAAAAUUAAGGAAAGUAAUCCUCAGA